AUGGCCUCCUCACCAGUGUCUGCGGCAGAUGCUGCUGGUUCGGAUGCUGAAAUGCUCACUCCUAGCCGCAAGGUACGAGCACUGCUGGCUCAAUUCGACGACUCCGACUCCGAGAACGAAGCAAGCAACACGCGUGUGAACGGCUUUGCGGACCGUAAGACCAACGGAACAUCAUCAUCUGGGGCGCAGUCGUCGGACGACAGCGAUGACGAUGCUCCCGUUGUCAGGAAGAGUCGCAUGGCUGCUCGUCUUGAGCCUGAAACUCAAAGACGCGAGCCUACGGCAGGUGGUGUCACAGCUGCAGCAGACGAGCGCAAAAGCGAUGGAGAACAGUCUCGCGAAGAUGCCGCACCUCGCAGACGCCUUCUGACAAAACGCAAGAGCAGGCCUGGAGCGCCGUCGACUCCUGCCACGUCUGUCCAUUCCUCCGCGGCGCAUUCGCCUCUGUUCUUCCCAUCUCCGACGCGUUCACAGGCGGCAGCAAGCGACGCGAGAGGCGUGGCGGGAGGAGACGCCUCUGAUGGCGAACGCUCAACGCUGGCCGAGCCACUGUCGAAAUUUCAGGCCCUGGUCGAGAAGCAAGCAAAGUUACGGCUCGAGCGAGAAAAAGCAGAGGAGGCAAAGCGUGCGGCCCGUCAAGCAUCUCUCGAGGAACAAGCUCGUAGUCUGAAGCGACAGCGUGGCUCAAGUCCAGGCGACGACUCUCACGAGUCCAGCGAGGGCUCGGACGCAGAUGCGGCCCGCAGGAUUGCAAAAAGGGCCAAGCCGACACGGAAGGCCAGCAAGAAAGCUAUCGAAGAGAUGAAGCGCGAGACUCAACGGUUGAGCCGGAACAAUCAGCUCGCUCAUCAGGCCCAGGUCAGGAAGAAGAUCACAAAGGAGAGUCUUCUUGCCAGAUUUGGUCUGGCACCAAAGAACGCGCCACUUCCUGAGCAAGGAAGUGCCAGCAGGGCGAGUUCCGUGUCAGACUCUGACUCGGAAGUACGACAUCACAGUACUCCUCCCACGAGCCCCAUGCAGAGUCCGCCAAAGGACACACCGAAGGAUCUUAGCAAGCAGUCCGCCACCGAUCAAGUUGUCGAAGCUCCGCCGUUGGCCGAAAUCGGACUGGAGCCUUUGCUGGAUGUCAGCAAAGGUAAAGGGAAGGCCAUCGAAGGCGCUCCGGAUCUGCCUGAGCCAGUAAUUCUCGGGUCCGCCCUUAUGCCCACUGUUCCUACUGCAACAGCCGGACUCGUGGUCUCGACAGACGACAAAGUAGACAAACGAGCUAAGAUAAAGGCAAUGCUGAGGGCAGUCGGGGUAGGUAGUGCUGAUGACGCCGACGAUGAUGAGCUCGAUGUCGUCACCAAUCCCGGCGAUCAACGCAAAUACGCCGCAUUCGAGAAGCUGCCAAAGCACAAAGCGAAGGAGACAACCUCGCAUCUUGCUCUGCGUACGCUAGCUCAUGUCCACGAAAGAAACAAAGACGACAAGUCGACCAUGACUCAAGCAGAGAUGGCAGCUAACCUGCGAAAGGCAGCUCGUCUGCAGGCACGUGCAGAGCGCCAGCAACGGAUCGACGAGCUGCGAGCCAAAGGUGUCGUUAUUCAGACUGCCGAAGAGCGUGAUCGUGAUCAGGAAGUCGUUGAAGAUCUGGUAGAGAGAGCUCGAGAAGAAGCUGCGGAGCUGGCGAGGCGCGAGAAGGAGGCUGCCAAGAAGGACGGUACCUUUGAACCGCUUGACCUUGAGAACGAGGAAGGGAAGCUCUUCGAUGAUCAGGCCGACGAUGACGAUGAGGAGGAAGAGGAAGAGGUAGCGCAAGAAGAUGAUGAAGCGCUCAGGCGGGAAUCCGAUGAUGAGGAAGGAGACGAGUCAGACCUUGCGACCGAACUUGCCGUCAAGACUCCGGCAGCUGCCAAAGUUCGCAACACACGCGUCAUCAGUGACGAUGAGGACGAUGCGCCACAGCUCGAGACACCUAAGCUACCACAACUAGCAAAGACACCACAGACGAUUUCUUCUCGAUCAGCUAGGAAGCAGAUUCCAGGUUUGAACAUGUCUGAUGAUCUCCCUCUUGGGCUGACACAAGCGUUUGGGGCAACUAUGGCCGACUCGCAGAGCCAGACUCAGCAGGAAGAAAAGGACAGUAUGGACUACGUGCACGACCUGCCUUCUCCAGGGCUGGCUAUCAUGCCUCGUCUGAACCGCAUGGAGUCACUCGAUCUGGUCACAGACAGCCAGCCCGCCACGCAGACACAGCCGCUCGAUAUUAGUCUAACACUCUCGCAGCCGCAGGCCAUUCCUGAGUCGCCGUCUCUUGUUCGUGGGAUGAGCACGACGCAGCCCACUCCGUCGCAGGCAGCCUUUGAGCCGACUCAGGAUGCGGACUACGUGUUCAGCCCCUUCCACGGUAAUCGCUUCACGGCAGAAUCGCCUUCCCUCCGGCCUCAUUCGACGAUCGACACUGUUCCGUUGAAUGAGGUGGAAGCUAGUCCCAUUCUUGUGCGAAAGGGUCGUCUUCGGAGAGGACGUGCUGUCGACGACGAGUCCGAAGCAGACGAUGGCGCAGAAGCUGAUGCCUCAGUCACAGCCUUUGAAGUGAUGAAACGAGCAGCGAAGAAGGCCGAGAUGGAGACCUUCGACAAAACAAAAUCUAAGGCCAAGGACAUCGUCGAUGAAGCCGCCGAGGAAUCUGACGACGAAUAUGCAGGUCUUGGAGGCGCCAGCGAUGACGAGAACGCCCACGACGUGGAGAAUGAGGACGAUCGGCGGAUCAUUGACGACGACACACAGGUGGGCAAGGGCGAUGAAGCUGCGCUGGCCGGCUUCUAUGCCGAUCGAGAGCGCAAGAGCGAUGAGGCCGCAGUCAACAAGCUGUACCAAGAAAUUAAGACGGGCAAACUGCGUAACAGAAGAGCUGUCGGUGGUGACCUCGAUCUAUCAGACGAGGAAGACGAAGCUGCCCGAAGGAGUGAAGCUAAGCGUCGGGAGCAUGCGAAGAUGCGCCGCGAGCUACUCAAGGAUGAAGCUGUCGGCAAGAUUGCGGAUGAUCGAAAGAAGGAAGCUUUCCUACGAAGCAUCGAAGACCGCCAUGAUGCUUCUGAUGACGACGAACUUGAGGUCACCGACAAACAGGACGAGUCGCAAUCUCAGGACCAGGCUGGACAGCACUCGAUCACGGAAACACAGUCCGGUCUCAAGCGCAAGCGUCCCCUAGAUCCCACGUCAGAGUCCCAGCUCAACCGUCUCCCACCAGCCCUCCGACGCACCGCUAUCGACAAGAAACCAUCCACAGUCGCCGAGAUCCGCGAGAAUCUCUCCUUCCUCUUCGAAGAACCCGACUCCCUGUCCAACAGCGCAUCCCUUGAGCUCUCGGACUCUGACGACGACGACCCUGGAAAAUACGUCAACCUUGACCGACACUACGACGAAGCUGAAGCCGACGAGCUCGCUGCCGCGGACGAAGACGGCUCUGGCUUGGGAGACUUUGUCGUCGACGAUGAGGAGGAGGAAGACUCGACCGUGUCAGACGGCGUCUUCAAGAAGCCCAAUUUUCCCUACUCCGCAUCCUUCUCUUCUCGCACCACCAACACCAAUCCACGCCGUUCUCGCGGCACAGUCAUCAACCGCCUCUCCCUUACGCGCGCGUCUUCAACCGCCUCGUCCACAACCUCCAAUGGUCUUACAAAGAUGGCAUUCAUGGCCAACACAGCCACCGUGUCCGCAACAUCGACAUUCAGACCGCCCUCGUUGCUGCGUCGCGCCACAACGAAUAGCAGUUUGUCAUCUCUUAGCUCAGAGAAUGUCUCCGCGACGGGCGUGAGUAUCGCCAAGACGGAGAGGGGGCACGUGAGUGAGGAGAAAGCGUUCGUGCGGAAAGGGAUGGGUGGGAGGAGGAACGCGGUGAAUUACCAGGCGGGUGAGCGGCCGCAGCAGAAGGCAGCAGGAAAUUCGAGAAGGGGCAAGGGUGGUGCGAUGGGGAAGAAUGCGAAAGGAGGUGGUGGUGGCGGCUUUCUGAAUGGGUUGUUGAGAGGUGACACCUGGGGCUGA